CUGGUUCAUCAUUCCUGAUAUAAAAUGGCAGAAGGACUACCAGAACAACGCUCUCAGAAAUGGGAUAUAUUUCGGAUGGAUCACUGGCCAAAGGAAAGACACGAUGCCAGAAGAGUCAGCCAGAUUCUUCCACAAAUUUUGAAAGUCUUGACCUACAUCUUGAUGGUUCUGAUUAUCACCACCGGAGUGGUCUUUGCUAAAGGUGGUCUACAGGUUUUGACCACUAUCCUGGGACAACACAAUAAAUUCCCUAGUAGAACUGUAAAUCAGGAUCUUAUAGCUUAUUUACUUCUCUUUUCCAUUAUAACCCCCGAUGUCUUUAAUUGUUUAAAUGAACUUUGGAAAGCUAUGCUUGGAAAUAGAAAGACAGCAACAUGGGAUAUUACAUUGAAGAUAAUAAUAAGAGAAUGCUUGCAUUCCUUUGGCUUGGCUGUUCUUAUAUUCCUGGUUCUUCCUUAUAUGGACCCUAUCCAAGCAUGUGUUGUUAUCAAUGCCACUACAUUCCUCCCAGGAUUUAUCCAUAUGGUCAUGUACUGCAGAGAAAACAAUGAUGGAAAAGGAGAAAUAUGCAGGAAGAUUAAAGUUGUUCUGAAUAUCAUUAGCUCCGUGGUCCUACUUGUAUCAGUAGCAUUGGUAUUGGUUUCUGUUGGUACUUCAGAAAGGAAAAAUAUAUAUGCACGGGAUCCAGCUGUUGGAAACCUCUUGGUUUGGACGAUUGUCUCUAUCAUUACAUUAUCUAGUAGAUGGAUUCCUCAGCUGAGAAACAAAGAGGAUGAAAACGAAUCAUUCAACAAAGAGGAAAACUAUGCCGUUAUUAAAUUCAUCUCGAGGUUUUUGAGGAUAUGCAUAACUGUUACUUUAUUUUGGACACUUCUCUGUCCGGGAAUUCGUGGAAUUAAAGAUGUUUAUGAAAAGUUCCUGUCAACAUCGAAAGCAGAAGGUCUCAUUCCCGCCAACUGCACAAUGUCGCCUAACAGAACGGCCAUGUUAUUGAACCCAAAGUUCAAAAACAUCUCAGCGUGUGUAGACGAGGGCAUCCCUCUAUGGGAAGUGCUCGGUCCAUUCCUGUCACAUGUUAUCGGGGCAAUAUUGACCAUGCACGUCGGGGUCCUAGCCUGUCGACUUCAGAUGCAGAGGAUAGGGUAUUCAAUUCCUCUUUCCAUCGCUUCCCCGAUAUAUGUCAUCCUUGUGGUAAUAUUGAAGAACGAGGAGAAAGAUUUCAUCUACCGAUAUUUUGAAUUUAAAAAUGACAGUACGAAUUGGAUGCUGUUCUUUGUUUUCCUUGUUGCUUGGCUAAGUCAGCUUAAUAUGGUUCAACACAUUUGGGAGGCCCAACGUGGAGAAACCCUAUUUUCGGCAAACAAGUUGUUUGUUUUCCCUAAUUUUUGUGGUCCAUUAGUUGACCUAUCACUACUGCACAGUAGGAAAAUAAAAAGGAAGAAAGAAUUAGAAAUUUAUGCAGACCCAUCGGGCACCAAAGUCUUCAUCUGUGCUACAAUGUGGCAUGAGAAUAGAACGGAAAUGAAACAGUUACUGUCUUCAAUCUUCAGGUUACGUAAUGUACAACGGAACUAUGGAUUUGAAGCUCACAUAAUGUUUGACGAUGCCAUGGAGACUUCCAGUGGAUCGAAUCUUAAGGAGAAUGACUUUGUCAAGCAAUUCAUGGAGGUCGUAGAGGAAGUUGGAAUUGAUUUCGAUGUGAACGUAGGAUCGCCUUAUAAGUACGCAACGCCAUAUGGAGGGCGUGUGGAAUGGAAGCUGAAAGAGGGCUGUAAACUCAUUGUUCAUCUAAAAUAUAAAGGGAAAAUAAGACACAAAAAACGCUGGUCACAGAUCAUGUAUAUGUAUUACAUUGUUGGCUACAAAUUAAUCACCGAGUGUGCAGGAAUAGAUAAAAUUGAGAAUCCAAAACCAACACAAUCCAUCUUUGAAAUUCUUCCGAUAAACAUAAGGGAAAAAGCGGAGAACUGGUUUAUUCUUGCACUUGAUGGCGAGGACUUUCAACCAAACACCUUACAACUUCUGAUUGAUCGGUUGAUAGUCAACUUUAGAUUGGGAUCGGUUUGUGGACAUUUUAAACCAUGUGGUUCUGGGCCCGUUGUCUGGUAUCAGAAGUUUGAAUAUGCUGUCGGUCAUUGGUUGCAGAAGUCUGCAGAACACGUCUUUGGAAGUGUUCUCUGUAGCCCCGGAUGCUUUAGUUUGUUCAGAGUGAAAGCCCUGAUGGAUGACAACAUCAUGCGGACUUAUGCAACACUACCCACAGAACCACGUCAUUACAUUCAGUAUGACCAAGGCGAGGAUCGCUGGCUCUCCACUCUAAUGCUGCAGCAAGGAUAUAAAAUUGAAUACAGUGCCGCAGCAGAGGCGGCGACUUUUGCUCCAGAAGACUUCAAAGAGUUCUUCAAACAAAGAAGAAGGUGGAUUCCAUCAACCAUGGCAAAUUUAAUGGACCUACUCUCCAGUUCCACAAGAACAACCAAAAUGAAUCCGAACAUAUCUUAUUUGUUUGUAACUUAUCAGGUUAUUUUAUUUUUGUCUUCAAUUUUCGGACCCUCGACGGUUCUGCUUGCUCUUCAAUCGGCUCUCGGCACCGUCUUUGGAAUUCAUGCGUGGUUGACGUACUCGAUUAUAUUUUGCCCUGUAGUAGUUUUUGUAAUAGUCUGUCUGAAAUGUAAGGAUGACACACAGUUGAAUGUUGCGAUGGCUUUGAGCACGGCGUAUGCACUUCUAAUGAUGGCCGUUUUAGCGGGGACGCUCGUGUCAAUAUUCAAAGAUGGUUGGUUUACACCAACGGGAAUGUUUUUCUACAUUUUGACGGGGAUGUUCAUUUUUGCUGGAUUGUUGCACCCUGACGAGCUUGGAGACCUUCUCAAAGGCUUGCUUUACUUCAUAUGCAUUCCGGCUGGUUAUCUGUUCCUGAUUAUUUAUGCAAUUUGCAAUCUGAACAACAUCUCUUGGGGAACAAGAGAAAAUACUACUGCUGUGCUGAAAAAUGCCGAUAGGCGGUCGAGAAGAAAAGAAACAGAAAAGGAGAUAUAUUUCGUAACAACAGAAAUGAUUGAAGGAAUGGUUGAGCAAGCAAGAAAAACUGUAUCGAAUUCAUCAAUUUCCAUAAUACAAUGGUUCAAAAAUCUUGUAUUACUGAAGUCACUAGAAUCUGUUCAAGCUAUCAACGAAAAGACUAAGGACGUGCCUGAAGAACCUAUUGAAAGAGGGCAGAACAUGCCCAAAGAUGUGCCUAAACCAGCCUUUGAAGGGGUACGUGGAGCUAGUAUCUUUAAAAAGGGUCAUACUGAUAGAAAUAGACGCGCCCAAUUUCCAGGAUCUUCUUCCCAAUUGACUCAGAUUGACGAGGUAUCAUGGACAAGUAAUGAGACUGAGGAAAUUCACACGACGAAGCUUGAUCAAUGUGAAGAACAGUUUUGGAACGCAUUAAUUUCUACAUAUCUUCGUCCCAUAGAUGAUGAUCCAGAUAAAAAGAAGAAUGAUUCAGAAAAAUUGUCUGAGUUCCGAUACAAGGCAGUCUUUGCUUUCUUAUUUCUGAAUGGCCUGUGGCUUGCUAUAAUGAUUUCAAUGAAUGAAAUAAAGAACCUCAUCAACAUCACUAUUCCACAACCAUCUGGUCCGCCAAUAGUGAUCGAGCCUCUUGGUUUCCUCUUCCUUGUAAUAUUCUCUCUCAUGCUUCUGCUUCAGUUUAUUGGGAUGCUGCUGCAUAGAUACGAGACAUUUUACCACAUUUUGUCCAGAACCAAAGUAGAUUGUCCUUGUAAUGCACAAAGCACGCAAAAUGGAAAAUGCAUUUGCUGUUGUUAAAGUCACUGC